AUGGAUCUGCAGUCGCCAUCGGUUCUGGCGCAAUUGCCACGCCCUCUUCAUGCGUCUACGGGCAAGACUCGCAUUAGCGACGUCUUCAGUCUGGCCGACGCCAAAAAGCGCAAGCGCUAUGAGGUCGCGGUUGCAGUGGAUGGUGAAGCUGUCAACAUCUACAAUGUCCAAACACCCAAGCUUGUGACCUCAUACGCAGUCCCUCCGCAGUCCACUUUCUCUUGCACACCAUGCUCUAUUCGCCGAAAGCUGCCCAAAAAGUCCUCCGUCAAGCGACAGACAUAUACCGCGGCAACACGCCCGGACCGCCAGAUCAAGUGCUUCGUUGAAGAGAUUGGCAGUGGCUCCACUGCGCCGGUGAUCUCUUCCUCUGCCGCCACCAUCACUGACUCAAGCAGCCCUACAAAUUUUGUUGGCAUUAUCCCUUACACUGUCGAAGACGACAACGAGGUCGACCCCUUCGAUAUUCUUGCCGUCCACGAGGACGGUCGCGUGCGCCGACUUUCAUCCGAUCUGAAAAGUCAGCGUUGGAGCAUUCAGCACAGCGAAAUCUCCAAAAUCUGCUCCACCACGCAUGCCGUUCACUCGUGCUUCUUGGUCGAUCUUGAGGAUGCUAAGAAGGCUUUGUUCAGACGGCGACAGGACUUGGCCGCUCUGGCUCUCGGGGACUCAACGGCUUUGGGAACCGAUGAACCCUCCAUUUUGCUGAUUGUGUCCCACCCAAAGGACGCUGACCAGAUUGCUUUGAAAGAAGUUACUGUUCAGAUGUUCUCGGUUCCUGCUAGCGCUAAAUCAGGAGGCCACGAAGAGAGUCAACGUCUUAGACACCUUCAGACAAUUCAGGUUCCAGCCCCAUCCGGGCUAGACAAAGUUGACAGUGAUGGCCUCCAAUGGACCUUCCACUCGGGGUCAGCAGGCCUUCAGUUGUCGUUCUCGAAGGGAUUUUUGAACGUCGAUUUGUCACAAUAUUCGCCCUCUGUGACCUCUCUGUUCGUUCUCGACGAACGCUUCUCCUCUUAUAUGAUACCCAAUAUCAAUCUGUACAGCGAAGCAUCGCCGCGGGCGAUGUGUUGUCCGGAGCCAGCGCCAACGCGGAUGCCCCCCCUGGUCUUCAUCAGCUACUUUGCAAAGCUUGGAAUUGCUGUCGCAACCAAGGGAAAUACACUUAUCGCAUUUGACUUGACCUCUCUUCAGAGCCACUCCGGAUCUUCUCUGAAGCGAUCGCGCGAUGGUCUCCUCAUCGAUGCUAUUGGCCGCGGUAUCGGCUCGUCUGCUGCGCAGUGGAAUAUGGCAUCUAAGAAGCACCGUUCCGAGAACAUGACCUCUCUUCGACUCACCUCUCCUGAACAGGUGGAACAAUGGAAUCAGUUGACAAAGGAUGUGGACGAGGCGGCUAAGACUCGGGAUGCCGAGAAGUUUGACAAGGCGGUUCUCCGUUAUUUCUGCCAAUCUGAUGCGCCUGAGACUCUUCCAACUCGGGGACAAUAUGUUAAUCCGGAGUCUACUCUUUUCCUGCUAUCGAAGAUGUUUACAGUCGAGGAUUUCAAAAUUCAGGAUGGAGUCUCCGCUUCAUCUCCCUCUCAACUGCGCCUUGUGCUCUGGCCUUCCGUCACAUGCGACUGGCUCAUUAGUCUGGGUCAUCUGUCUCCUGACAACGUCGAGAUUGCUCUUCGCCGAGCCUCUAAGCCUCGCAUUCUGCAGCCCUUGGUUACCGGUUCUUUUGUCCAAUCUCUCAUUGAUGCCGAUCCCUCGCUCAAGCAGGUCAAUCAAGUCCUUGCAGGGCCCUCGGUCAUCUCCUCCGAUGAGCUGACCUACGCGCUUAAGUACUUCCUGAACCAGGCUCGCCUGCACUCUAGUGCUCUGGAAGAGACUGCUCGUGCCAUAACCAGCGGUGAGAUUGCUACACCCACGCAGGAGCUCACUCGCCACCUCGGAGUUGAAAGAGUCACUCUAAAGGAUAUCUUCGCUGGCCUGAACACUUCCAUUCAAAAGGUCCACUCACAGCCCAAGUCCGCUAUUGUUCAGUCUCUGCGCUCGAACCUGUCGCGGACAGAACUCAUUUCUUUGAUCCACCACCUCCGUCUUUCCCUUGCCACUGGUGGCUACACCUCACGUUGCACCGAAAACCCCCCCACUCCCAUCACUCUCGACCAAAUUACCCCUUCUCUCUCUCUCAAUACCAUUAUCGACCUCAUGACUGCCUCGGUGGAUGCAGUUGGCCCUUCCGGCUGGAUCUCCGCCCUGCCCGCCGUGGACCUUAACGAUGAUUCAGACUCGGCCAUCGCCGCCGCCAGCCGUGAAAUGGAGCUAAUUGCCGACAUGAAGUCCGAAAUCUCCGCCGCCCUUGCUGGUGUGGAGGAGGCCACAUACCUCAAGGGUAUUCUCCGCGAGUACCUCCGCUUUGCCGACCAAGUGUCUACCCCAGCCGCUACCGCUGGAGACGCCAUUUCCAAGAUCGACGAUGAGACCUCGGCUUCGUCCAAUCUUGUUCGUUAUGAGAAGCUUAAUGGAGCUGACCUUGUCAUCUUUGGUCGCCCUGGUGAAGGAGAGGACGGAUAUGAUGGCGAUGCCGGUGGCAAGAUGCUGCCUUUGUCGCUGAAGCCUGCCACAGCCGAUGUGUCGAAAACGAAGAUCAACAAGGCCACUGGCGAUAUCAAGUCUCGUUCCAGUCGUGAGAUCGGAUACCUUCGUCGUAAGGCGGUUGGUAAAUAUUCCUUCGAGAGGCUCAUUGUUUAA